AUGUAUUCAGAUCCGUCCACGCUGAUCACUGACUCACACGAGGUUGACACCGCCUUGGUUGUGGGUAGUCGUGGAUCGGCUAUCAGAACUGUAGUUUAUGGAUCUCAGCAAGUGUCCAAGGCGCAGGCCAGCUACAAUGUGCAACUCACAGCUGCCUCAUCGCCCGCGACUUUCGCGUCCUCCUUCCCUCAGUAUGCGACUUUAGACGCGCGAGUCGCUGUGGCGGCGCCAGUCCCAUUACCCAGAGUGCGAGUCAACGCAGCUUUCAAUCAAGUACUUACAGGGCUGGGUGUGUCAGCACCCAACCCUGUGAACUAUUCCUACAAUUGGGCACUGGCAUGGCGCAACUUUGGGGCGGCGAUGGUGGCUCACAAUCCUGAUUUUUCCGCAUCCUGGACUGGGCCUGUGGCUCCUUGCAUAUACGCAGGUCCGCUAGGCGCUGCUGUCGCUGAUUAUCAAGAGAAUGCAGCUGACAUCGCCGCAGGUUCGGUGCUCUACCUAGAGUUACCCGACGGUAACUCAGGGGGCGACGUUGCGGCCCUGCGUUAUUUACUAUCAGCACGCCCUCCCAUCGCUGUCAGUGUGGAUGCAUCUUCUGGCACCGGCAAUGACAGUGUACCUAUACCUGCCAGCGGUGUGGUGCCUGGAGAUUGGAUUGACAACAGGUUCGGCGCACAAGCUCCUGUGCCAGGAGCAGAAUGGCAAGCUAACAUUUGCCAUUGGCGUGCCGUCAAACCAGUACAGAUCAGGGUACUGAUCUCUGGCAUAGAUGGAGGAAUGCCUUUUGGACCCGGUGUGGUGCCAGGUGAUCUUCAACUGGCCGGAUCUGGCUACCCAAUUGGAGGGGCAGGUUUCCCAGCCCCAUUCAACUUUGCGCCAGCACUUGCCAAUGGCAAUCUCGUGCGAGGACUAAAUUUGCUUGCCCAAAUUUGUCCUGACAGAGAUGGAUGCUUAACUGGCUUCUUGCUGGCCCAAGCACGCAUGGCUCACGCUCCGCACUAUUCAGCUCACACUUGCAGGGCGCCAACUGCACCAAUUGGACCGAAUGUGGCGAGUCACCCGCAUGUCACGCCCACGGCUUUACUGCAGCAUGGACCGGUGACAAUACCGGCUUCAGCCUUGCUCACGAGCGUGUUUCAAGGCGCAUGGUCGAUUGGCGAGCGAGUGUCUUCAACACUGCAGGCCAUUUCGAUUCUGACAUCGGGUGAACAUGACCAUAAGGCCAUAUUCUACAAUGCGGGCACUUGGAGUCUCAUGCUUCAGUCAAGCCUCGCGGCUGGCCUUCGGAACCUCAACUUCUCACCAAACGCAUUGGUCAGCGGCAAUCCAUGGUUCGUGGAUGCGGCCGGCUUGAACGACCCACGUGGGAGAUUUGGGGUCAUCUGGAAGUCAAGAGCUUUGAGAAUCACUCCUCUGAGCAAUGUGGUCAGCUAUCAUGCUGCGAACCUUUUCGGAUUGGAGGUGCCGAGAUCAUUGGCUCUGACAAUGAACUGGAACUGCGAAGCAGUGGCAACGCCGGGUUUGAAUCCAGGCGAAUACGGACCCGGUCCAUUCGCUGGCCUGCCAGGGUGGCUUGGUUAUGAGCCAGUCCCUGCACUACAAAUCUCACCGCGCUUCAGGCCCAAGCGCAAUCUGCCAGGCCAGCUCACAUCAGAAGCAAAUGCCGUGCGAGAAGUUGGGCAAUACAUGGUGUCCAUGGAUCGAGGACUGCUGGUGUUCGAAGGAGCUAGCAAAAGCUACCGUGCAGAUGCCGGCCCAGUUCUUGUGCCACCGGAGAAAAGAGGGCAUGCGCUGGGUUUGCUGACUCACACUCCAGGCCCAGGAGUGUGGGAGAACAGCGGUCAGCUUCACUUCGUCUACCACGUUUUCUUCCACAUCGAGCUGGUCUUCGUCUACUACGUCUUCUUCCACAAUGAGAUGGUCUCCGUCCUCAAGUUGGUCUAUUUCUUCGAGGGUGACUUCCACAAUGAGCUGGUCUUCCUCUUCGAGCUGGUCUACACCAUCGGGGGUGCCUCCCAAUGCCGAUAUUCAACGAAGCCGAUCUCCGACAACUUCGAAUGGCGGAGACAGAGUUACAACGCCUUGAGCAGCUCCUAUCCGGACUUGCAGACCAUCAAGAGUCGGGUCGUGGACCCGAGGUCCAAGGAGUCGAAGCCCGACAAGGUGCAGUCCGAAAAUGGCACAAGUGCGGUCCUCUUGGCGCCGCAGGAGCUUCUGGGCAUCUGGAGAGAACCACGUGAGGGAGAAGAUGAAGGAUAUGUGGGUGGUGGUGACUCUGGGGCCACAGCUAGUGGACAUGGGCCUACGAAUGGUGGGACGUCUACGACACCAUCCAGUGGACAUAGCUCAGGGAUGACCUCGGGGACGGGGCUCAUCGACUACGACUACAACUUCAUGGUGGAUGGACGACAACGACCACAUCGACGAGAACGCCGGCAGAAGAAGUACGUGACAUGGUCGACGAACAGCUCGUACAAGGACGCUUGGCGGAUACGCGGGAGGUUAUCCAGAGACUGCUGGCACGUCUUCGGCGACUACGACGACUACAAGCAUUGGUGGAGGCUGCUCUUGAAGAAAGUCUGCAAUGGAUCCCAGUAUCUCUUCGUACUCGGCCGUGGAAUGCUCGUCUUCAAGAAUCGCAGAUCUGGGCGACAAUUCUUCGGACAUCAGGAGCUGCUGAUUUGGCUGCAAGCUCAGAAGAUGAAGUAUCAAUGGGCUCUGGGGCCCUGGAUGACUUUGCGCAUGUACUACUUCAACCCAACCUUCCUGAUUUGGUCGUGCUCUUCACCCUUCAAUCCCUCGAUCGUCUACACGGUUGUAUAUGGUUCAGACGGCGACGUGUUCAUCGUCCUCGCCCUCCUCCUCGUCAUCGUGCUCCAGGCGAACCUCAUCGGCGUCGGCAUGAUCUGCAUCGCCCUGAACCUCCUCGUCGUGAAGAUGGUAGUCGUUGGAGAUCCCCUUCGGAAAGGAGAGCAGAGAGACGACUGCGAGAACGAAGCCGUAGUCGGGAUGAUUCGAAUGGGGAAUGAUGCCCAUGUCCACAAGUCCGUGCCGGAUAUCAUCGUGAAAUCCUUCGAGGACUUGUACACACAACACCCGGACCUCUUUGAUGUGCAGAACCCGAAAAGCGGCGAAGAGACGACGAUCUACUUCCACAAGCCCCCUGCAUGGUUCAAAGGUUGGGUGGACAUCGACUCGCCCGAUGAUCCCUACGACGAGACCAUGUGGAAGGAGCUUGCAAAGUUCUUGGACGGGGAGCACACCUUCGCGGGAGGACGCUACGGCAUGGCUCGGGAGCUCAUGCAGCGAAACCUCACCUUCCUGGCCAAUCACUCGCUUGGCGAAGUUUGCCACAUCGUCCAGCUGGCGAUCCAGCACCGCAGGCUUAUCGUAUACCAUCGCAAGAUGCUGAAGCCUAUUCAGACUGUGCUGUGCCAGCUGUCCCCAGAUGGAAAUGGAACUGUUGACAACCAAGAGGCGGGCUUCGAGGGUGAAGAGAUCAAAGAAAUGGACGACUUGACCAUGGUCCUGUUCCGCAUGCUGCUGCACCACCCUUCGGGCAUCAGGCUCUGCCGGAUGAAGCAGAUGAUCAAACAUGAGUUCCAAAGGAAGCUCUCUGAGAUGGCAUUUCAGUGUACAAAGCUUAUCGAGCUCUUCAACCAAGAGCCUCUCAAUGAAACCUUUGUCCUGGACACCGAAAAUGAUGGAAAGUCAAUCUACGUCCGUCUGGGCAACCCAGAGACGUUUACGGAUCACGUCAAACGUAUCUAUGCCAUGGCAAACACUGCUGAAGCGAAGCAGGCCUUGCCUGGAAUUCCCCAGCAAGCCUAG